AUAAAAAAUUCCACAUUAUAUUAUAUUUGUAUAACGGGCAAGGGGAGCACAGUCGUGCCUGCUAAUCGCGGCGGGGAAUUAUGAAAUACACGGCAGAUACGCAGCGUGCGGCUUCCUAGGGCCCGAGAUUCUGCAUCAGGCGGCACAAAAUUUUCUAGUCAAACUCGUCCCUCAAGUUGAACUCGUGAUUACAUGGCCACCUCGGAUUUCGUGCUGGGCGGCCUGGCCUCAGUCGGCGCCACCUUCUUCACCAAUCCCAUAGAAGUGAUCAAGACCCGGAUCCAGUUGCAGGGCGAGUUGGCGGCCCGGGGGACCUAUGUGGAGCCGUACAAGGGAAUUGUACAUGCCUUCGUCACGGUAGCCAAAAACGAUGGAAUGCUGGGCCUCCAAAAGGGUCUGGCUCCCGCUCUGUACUUCCAGUUUAUCAUCAAUUCCUUCCGACUUAGCAUUUAUUCGGAGGCCAUGGAGCGGGGUUGGAUGAAAAACCAGAAGGGCGAGGUGUCCUACGGAUUGGGACUCAUGUGGGGCGCCAUCGGUGGCGUCGUAGGAUCCUACUGUUCAAGUCCUUUUUUCCUGAUCAAAACUCAGCUCCAAUCGCAGGCUGCUAAGCAGAUUGCUGUGGGCUACCAGCACGCCCACACUUCCAUGAGCGAUGCUCUGCGGCAGAUCUAUGUCAAGAAUGGCAUUCGCGGACUGUGGCGAGGAUCGGUAGCUGCGUUGCCGAGGGCUGCCCUAGGGUCAGGUGCCCAGAUAGCCACCUUUGGCAAGACCAAAGCUCUGCUGGUGGAGUAUGACCUGGUGACACAGCCGACGCUGAAUUCGUUUUCAGCGGGAUUAAUAGCCGGCUCCAUUAUGUCGGUGGCCAUAACGCCGCCUGAUGUGAUCACCACCCGACUGUACAACCAGGGCGUGGACGCCGAGGGACGGGGACUACUGUAUCGGGGCUGGCUUGACUGCUUCGUCAAAAUCCUGCGCUCCGAAGGGGUCUACGGAAUGUACAAGGGCUUCUGGGCCAACUACCUGCGCAUUGCGCCCCACUCAACGCUGGUGUUGCUCUUCUUUGACGAACUCAUCGCCCUGCGCAAAAAGUAUAGCCGUCAAUGACCCCAAGGAGCCUUGUUUAUCUAGUUUUACAUUAAGUACAAAGUUUUUCGGCUCGAUUGUAAAAUCCACACUAAUAUUUGUUUGAGCCAUGUUCGGACCGACAAAGAGAUAAGUUAGUUGAAACAUUUUGACUCACUAUCAAUAAAGAUAGUUGAAAAAUUUCGCAUGUGCGAACUUGGCUCUUGUCUGUAGCGAGUAGCUUAACAUCCUAGUUCCAAUCUCUUAGCUUAGCAAAGCCCAAGAACCAAUUUGUGCCUUCAGUACGCUUAACUUAAAGCUGUUCCUGUAGUCAGUAACUGUGCAAUAUUUUGGUCAAAUAAACCAGUUAAUUUGUUACUUUUUAAUAUA